AUGAAUCUUUACCUAAAUGUGUUCCACGAAAUAGAGGCGAUCCUUCAAAGGUGUAACGGAGACGUGUAUCAAAAGGUUCGAAAAAUAAUCGAGUACAUUCGGACGAACUACAGGGAAGAGCAGGAGGAGGUAGUCGCGCGGAAGAGGAGUAAUGGUGCAAAAAAGAAAAGAACCAAUUCGAGGAAACGAGAUGAAAAAGACACAGGCGUGGCGAAGCAGCCGGAGAAACUGGCAACGAAACAGGGAACAAAAGUGACGACCAAAGUGACGACAAAAUUGACGACAAAACUGACGACAAAACUGACGACCAAAGUAACGACCAAAGUGAAGACCAAAUUGACAACGAGGCAGACGGCAAAGCUUACGGCGAAGCAGGGCGAAAACACGAACAGCAUAAAGAACUACUUCAAAGUAGUAAAGAGGGAACCUCCCGUACCAAACCCACAUAAUGCAGACACGCACACGGAAGAUGCCAAGACGGAAGGAUCGGCCAAAAUGGAAAAGAAGAAAAAAAAAAGUACCAUUCCACUAAUUAACACGUUUUUUUUCUAUGGAAAUUAUAACAUUAUAAUAAUCAUAUAUUAUAUUAUACAUAGAGUAAAGCUCCAUAAUGAAGAGCACAUUUUUUCUAGUGACAGCCACCAUGGGGGAAGCCCCAAUGGAGGUGACAAGGAUUUCAUAAUUCAUAAUAACAAGAACGUUACACACAUUAUGUGCCCUCAACUGAAGGAAAAUGACGUGAAAGGAUUGAACGAACUCGUGAAGGAAAUAGUAACCUACAAGUCAAACUGCCUUCACAUAUUCAUAGUAGAGUCCUUUAAUUGUUUGAAUCAUCAAUUUAGGAAAAUGUUUAUGGGUAAAAUUAGCAAAAGUAAAAAUCUCAUUUUCAUCCACAGCACAGUUUGUUUGAAUGACAUUUAUUUGGCGAACUGUUUGUAUGUCCGAAUUCCCAAACCAGAGAAACUUUUAUUCAUUUCUCAUUUUUUAAAUUUGUCUGAAGAUAAGUAUCAAAUUGAAAUUCACGAUAAGGACAGGAGGGAGUACGUCGAAAAUAUGAUAAGCAGUUGCAACUACGACAUUCCCCUCAUCCUUACCAUGCUAUAUUUUAUCAAAAUUAAUAACUUCCCAGAAUUAAAAAAAAUUAUUAAACUUAUUAUCACCACAAAUGUAAAAAAGCUAGUUUGUAUUAUACACAAAUGUGUUAUUUCCAAAAGCUCCCUUUUCUUGAUUAGAAAUAUUUUAUACUCUAUUUUGUAUACUUACAAUUUUGACAUGGAUAAUUUCCUAACUCUCUUUUGCAAACAGUUGAUUUCUUUUCAUAAAGACGAUGACAAUUAUAAGAAGGAAAUCUUUUCUUUGUUUUCAGAAUAUAGUUACUACUCUUCUUUACAUGAUAAUCACAUUUGUUCCUUGGAGAGCCUGACCUCCAAAGUGAUCCUCCUUGAGCAGAAGUACAUCACCACGUUAAACCCCAGUUACCCCCUUUCCGAGGAUAGAGACGAACUCAGUACUAGCUUUCAGUCCGAGCUCACGUCACAACUGCACCCCCCGGAAUCCACCUACACGGAACCAACUCUGCCAGGGGAGAUCCUCCUGCCAUCGCAAUCGCAAUAG